CCCUCGCAGCGCGGCGGCCGCUCCGGGGCCCUUCAUCUGCGGCGGAUGGAGAGCGGGGGAGCUAAGAGCGCCGAGGAGUCUGAGUGUGAGAGCGAAGAUGGCAUGGAAGGCGAUGCUGUUCUCUCGGAUUAUGAAAGUGCAGAAGAUUCAGAAGGUGAAGAAGGAGAGUAUAGUGAAGAGGAAAACUCCAAAGUGGAGUUGAAACCUGAUGCUAGUGACGCUGCUGACUCCUCAGCCAAAGAAGAGAAGGGAGAGGAAAAGACUGAUGGCAAAGGCACUGUGACUGGAGAGCGGCAGAGUGGAGAUGGACAGGAGAGCACAGAGCCCGUGGAGAACAAAGUGGGGAAGAAGGGCCCCAAGCACCUGGACGAUGACGAGGACCGGAAGAACCCAGCCUACAUACCCCGGAAGGGGCUCUUCUUCGAGCACGACCUCCGAGGGCAGACGCAGGAGGAGGAAAUCAGACCCAAAGGGCGUCAGCGCAAGCUGUGGAAAGAUGAGGGUCGCUGGGAGCAUGACAAGUUCCGGGAAGACGAGCAGGCCCCCAAGUCCCGGCAGGAGCUCAUCGCCCUGUAUGGCUAUGACAUCCGCUCCGCUCACAACCCCGAUGACAUCAAGCCCCGAAGAAUCCGGAAGCCCCGAUAUGGGAGUCCUCCACAUAGAGAUCCACACUGGGCUGGUGAGAGACCAGUCAAGCCCCAUCGUCAUCAGGGUCCUGGGGGCACCCUACCACCGAGAACAUUUGUUAACAGGAAUGCAGCAGGCACUGGCCGCAUGCCUACACCCAGGAAUUACCCCCGAUCUGGAGGCUUCAAGGAAGGUCGAGCUGGGUUUCGGCCUGUGGAGGCUGGAGGGCCACAUGGCCGGUCUGGUGAGACUGUUCGGCAUGAGACUGGCUACCGUUCACGGCGCCUCAAGCAGGCGCCUGUGAGGGACCCGUCCCCAGAAGCAGAUGCUCCAGUGCUUGGCAGUCCUGAGAAGGAAGAGAUGGCUUCCGAGACACCGGCUGCUGCCUCUGAAACUGCACCGCCAGCCCCUGACCGGCCUGUUGAGAAGAAGUCCUACUCCCGGGCCAGAAGAACCCGAACCAAGGCUGGAGAUGCAGGCAAGGCCGUGGAGGAGAUGCCUCCUCUGCCCGAAGGCCUGACCUCAGCCCCACCGGGCCCGGAAGCUGCCCCGCCUCCGUCAGCGAAGGCAGGGAGUUGGGAGUCCCCUGUGGAUCCAGCCACAGGUGGACUGGAGCAGGACGUGGCACAGCUGAGCCUGGCCGAUCAGAACUGGAGUCCAGGACAGUCUUCCUUCCUGCAGCCACGGGAGCUUCGGGGUGUGCCCAGCCACAUCCACAUGGGAGCGGGACCUGCACCCCAGUUUAACCGCAUGGAAGAAAUGGGUGUCCAGGGUGGCCGCGCCAAGCGCUAUUCCUCCCAGCGACAGAGACCUGUGCCCGAGCCCCCCGCCCCUCCCGUGCACAUCAGCAUCAUGGAGGGCCAUUACUACGACCCGCUGCAGUUCCAGGGACCAAUCUAUACCCACGGCGACACCCCCACCCCACUGACUCCACAGGGCAUGAUUGUGCAGCCGGAAAUGCACCUUCCCCACCCAGGUUUACAUCCCCACCAGACACCAGCGCCUCUGCCCAACCCAGGCCUCUACCCGCCUCCAGUGUCCAUGUCUCCAGGACAGCCUCCUCCCCAGCAGCUGCUUGCUCCUACUUACUUCUCUGCUCCAGGCGUGAUGAACUUUGGGAAUCCCAGCUACCCUUACGCUCCAGGGGCCCUGCCUCCCCCGCCACCGCCACAUCUGUACCCUAACACACAGGCCCCGUCACAGGUGUACGGUGGAGUGACCUACUAUAACCCCGCCCAGCAGCAGGUUCAGCCGAAGCCCUCCCCACCCCGGAGGACGCCGCAGCCAGUCUCCAUCAAGCCCCCUCCACCGGAGGUGGUGAGCAGGGGCUCCAGUUAAUGUGACAUUCUGAAUAUUUCCAGUCCAACAUCCUAAAAAUAGGUGUGAUCUCGGGAGAGGAGAGAGACCCGACUGGCCAGUGACUGGGCAGCCUUGGCACCAGACAGUGGGGCCCUCCCUCCAGGACGGCUCUGCGCAGAGGGAGUGGAGCACAUCACCUUCUCCCCAACAUUCAACGGUCUCUGGCUCCUAGAGAUGUCCUUUCCUGUGGUGGUUUUGUUUUCUAAAAUGUUCAUUUUUUGAAAAAGCCUGGCUUGCUCUUAAAUUAAUAUUCCUAGUGUCUCUCUCACUGAACUGAGUCCGUCUUUCUGCCUUGCUGCCCCUCGGGUUCCUGUCGCCUGGCCCUGCAUCACAGCCAGCGGAGAGUGUGUCCUCCCGGUGCGAGGAGGGCAGCCCCGUCGCUCUAUACUUGAAUUCUCUUGAGCCUCUACCCUGAGGGGGGAAGCUGUCCACAGUGCCCACCUCGGAGAGGGUGCAGAGUGGGGGAGUUGUCACUGCCUGGCUCUGGUGGCUUCGGCUCCCUGCCAAGGGCAGAGCUGCUGUGGGGGGCAAGGCGGGGCCUGCCCCGGUGCACACUUGGGGCACGGUGUCUGUGGUAAGUGGAGUCGGGCCUGCCCCUCGUCCCUCCUGCCGCACCCUCCCUGUCGCUGUCACAGUGGACCAGUGCGUCUCUAGCAGCACGUGCUGCCGGCAAGCAUUCUGACUCACGGGGCAGUCGCUCUCUCCGCACCGAUCCUGCUACAAGUGUUUCGUCAGUGUUUCUCCCUUCCCCGAAUCUCCUGUUCGUGUGAACAGAAGGCACCACGCCUGGGCUUCCAGCCUGAGGAGCCGCCGUCCCCUGAGCGGGGCUCCCCUGCGGCCCCCGUGUAGUGUUCGUCAGUGCAGUGCGCAUGUCUGCCAGGGAAGCCUGACCCCGUCCCCGUCCCUCCUCAGCCCGAGGGAGAAGGUGGUGGGACUGUCACUGUUCCCACUCCUUCCCUGGCAGCUGGGCUGCGACCCCAGGAGGAAAGCGGGAAGGCUUCUCCGGGGCGGCUGGUGCUUGUGCCUUUCGUCAGCUUCCCUUUGCCUUAAACCUGAAGAUGUCUGCAAGCCUGUGGGCAGCUGCCCGACCCCAGACCCGAAGACACUGUGACAGUUGUCUCUCCUGGUCCACUGUAUUGAGUUGCGGAGAUUGUCCUCGCGUGUUGUUUUGCUACUGUUUUACAGUGUACACUUGUGAUCGGCGUUGUGACCUGGAGAUAAUAAAGUUCAGACUAAACAUUC